UUUCCAGAAUGACUAGAAGCACAUUUAUGGAUAUUGCCGAACAGCUGCGUCCAUUCAUUGAAAAAGAAGUUACUCAAAUGAGAACACCUAUUACUGUAGAGCAUAGGUUAGCAAUUACUUUAUGGAGACUAGCGACAAACAUAGAGUAUCGCAGCCUUGGACAACAAUUUGGAGUGGGACGCUCAACGGUGUGUAGUAUUGUAAAUGAAACAUGCCGAGCAAUAGAGACUCAUUUGAUGCCAAAAUAUAUUCGUUUUCCAGAGGGUCAGGACUUGCUGGACACUGUACAGCAAUUCAGAACCAAGUGCAAGUUUCCCCAAGUAGCAGGAGUUAUUGAUUGUUGCCAUGUUUUAAUCAAGCCACCCAAGGACUCACCUGAGGACUAUUUUAAUCAGAACCAAUUUUACUCUGUUGUGCUUCAGGCUGUAGUAGAUGCAGAUGGAAAAUUUAUCAACACAGAUGUUGGCCAGCCAGGAAGUGUCCAUGAUGCACGUGUGUUUUCACUGUCAUCACUAAGCAGAAAAUUGAGUAGCAGAACACUUUUCAAUCCAAAUCCUACAAUAUUAGUGGAAGGGCAGGAAAUUCCACUUUUAAUUCUUGGGGACUCCCCAUACCCUUUAUUACCAAACCUAAUGAAGGGUUAUUCUGAUCUUGAACGCCUGACAAAUGAUCAAAUGCAGUUCAAUAUGAAAAUUUCAUCAGCUCACGUUGUUGUUGAACGUACCUUUAGUCGUCUGAAAGGACGCUGGCAAAUUUUUAACAAGACAAGUUACAACCAACUGGAUUAUAUUCGCCCACUUGUAAACGCCUGUUGCACUCUCCACAACAUCUGUGAAAGAAAUGGAGAUCCUUUCCAACAAGCUUGGCUUUCAGGUGUAAAUUUGAGGGAUUUCGGGCAGCAUCAUCAUGAACGUCCUCUUGAAGAAGCCUCAAGAAUAAGAGAUGCCCUAAAGGAAUAUUUGAAAACUCAGUAAAUUUUUUCAUCAACAUGAGAACUGUGAAACAAAGUUAAGUGCAAGGUAUUGGGUAAGUUGGCAACUUAUGCAUUAAAUCAUUCAUACUGUAGCUUCCUCCAGUGUAGUUGCAAAGAUCCCAAAUUAGUGACACUACAGGACAGUAUUUGAGUACAAUACAGUAGGUACAGUAUUCAAAGCAAAUACUGGCCAAAAAAGAAAUAUAAAGAUAUGGGAAAGGGAACUAGUACAUAAUUACUGUCUGUCGUGAACACAAAUGUCACAAAUGACAUAUUUUUUAUAGUAAAAUGACAGUAAAUCAGUGAAAACUUAUUUUUUUUUUAUGUUUCUGUUUGAAAGUUAACUGUUUGGUCCUUUUAAAUUAGAUGAUUCUGUUUAGUUUGUCAACGGCACAAAAUUUUACCCAUUUUAGGUUAAAUAUGAGAAAUCUGGACCAAUUUUCCAAAGAGUGAACUCAUUUUAUGCAUACAACUACAUAAUUUGAACCCAUUCUUAAAUGUGGACCCAUUAGAAAAAUUGUGCAAGACUGUCCCAGCUGCCCCACUAGCUUGCUACGGCAUUAGUUCCAUCCAAAAAUCUACGGACCGGACUGGGUAGUGACCACUCAUUUUAAUACAAUUGGUCAGUGCAUAUAACUCAAGCCUAAGUUUACAUAUCAUGAUAAACAUGGAAUACCCCAGAGAUCAGAUUCCAGUACAAAAAAAUCAAAUAAAUUGUGGUUAAUACCAGGUCCUUCUUAAAGGUAUGCAGAAGUCUUCAAGCUACAAUACUAAGAAUAUAAGAUAAGAUAAAAAAUGCUUAAGAAAUAUACUUAUACAAUACUUGCUGUCAUAAUAUAUUAUCAUCACAAACUUCCCCCUUCUUCUAAUGAUGAAAGUAUGUAGGUUUGUAAAUGAACUCUACAGUUGUUUACAUAUACAGUAGUAGAGGCUAAAUAUGCUUUGACCUUAAACAAACUCUAAUAAAAGGACUUUUUGUAUAUUCUUGUACGUCUAUAUGUAAAUAGUUAUGAAAAAAUAUUUGCCGCCUUUUUAUAGUUGCGUUGACCGGAUAUUCAGGGUCAAGGGUCAAUGACCUUUAUAUAACAUGUUCUGGGUCACAACUCUUCAACCACUUGCUCAAAAAACACAAAAAUAUUAUCUACACCUGGGUUUUGUGGGUCAACAAUCAUGGAAAAUGUUUGGUGCCUUCUAGUAGUAGCAUUGGCCAAAUAUUCAAGGUCAAUGACCUUUAUACAACUAUGAUGGUCAAAACUCCUCAACCAGUUUGCCAAGAUGCACAAAAAUAGUGGCUAUACCUAGGUUUUUGGGAUCAUUAAAACAUUUUUGCCACCUUCUAGUAGGUG